UGCACUCGUGCAGCGGUCUUCCGAGUUCCGACCGCACCAACGAAAAGAACCCAAGACCGCCGAGAGCCCAUAGACCGUUCUACCCACGACCGCGCUGUCCUGAUGGCGACGGACCCCACGCCGCCCGCCGCUGCGACGCCGCACUACUCGCUGCCGCCGGCCCGCCUCCCCCCGGAGGACAUCCUCUUCUGCGUCGACGUCGACCUCGAGGCGCGCGCCGAGAUGAAGUCCUCCCCCACGGCGUCCUCCGGCUCCACCUCCACCGCGUCGUCGGCGCCGCAGCCGGCUGGGGCCGGGGGUGCCCGGGCGGGGCCACGACCCGCGGUGAGGCGGAUGGACGCGGUCAAGCAGGCGCUUCUGCUCUUCGUCCACGGCAAGCUCACCAUGUGCCCUGACCACCGCUUCGCCUUCGCCUCCCUCGGCGAGACCGUCUCCAUGGUUAAGAAGGACUUCAGCAGUGAUGCUGGUUCUGCAAUGGAGGCAAUCCAGUCCAUCUCUGCUUCGGAAUCAAGAUAUGGGAUGGCUGAUCUCACACAGCUCUUCAAGAUAGCUCACCUGGAAGGGAAAAGAGCAGAAUUGCAAGGCCGGCUACUCAGGGUGGUACUCAUCUACUGCCGUUCCUCUACCAAGCCACAACAUCAGUGGCCCAUAAAGGAAAAGAAUUUCACCCUGGACGUAAUCUAUCUCCACGACAAGCCUACUGCUGAUAACUGCCCACAGAAGAUAUAUGAUGCCUUGGUUGAUGCUCUCGAGCAUGUCAGCCAGUAUGAGGGUUACAUUCUUGAGACUGGUCAAGGGCUUGCUCGCGUUCUGUUUCGUCAGAUGUGCAUUCUUCUAUCCCAUCCUUUGCAGCGUUGCAUCCAAGAUGACCUUGAUAUUCCCAAACAAGUUGCUAAGAAAACUCUGGCAACUGUAGCUGUGCAGAACGAAGAUUGCACGGCAGUAUCCAGCCAGUAGUUAGGCCUUCUAGUUCAAUGGUCAUAUGAUUGUCUACUAGGAAACUUUGCAGUUUUUCGUGUUGUGCAAGGGGGAUACCUUUUAUGUCAUGUUACCCCUGAGGCCGUAGUUAUCUUACAUCAUGAAGUACAACAACAAUUUUCUCGGUUGUUUACAUUUGGAGAUGUCGAAUGGGGAACUAACAAAAAGCCCGAAUAAGGAAUCUCUAUUCAAUUUCAUGUGGGUGGACAAACACAUGGGAACGAAAGGAAUGCAACCUAGUACCCUCAUUCCUGGCCUUUUAGAGUCCAGGCAAGAGGGUCCCAUCUUGCCAGUUGUUGCAACUGAUGCCCUUGCUUAGGCUUCUGUGCAACAGGUAUUCAGAUACUAACAUUCUGAAUUGCAGCAUUGACUCUUCAAUUACAACUCUGCAUUUAGAAUUGAACUGUGAAUCGCGUUGGAAAUGCAAAAAAUGACUUAGAAUUGUGUCA